CUAGAAGUGUUCUUUCUUAACCGCCGUGCUCUUGCGGUGAAAUGCGGAGAAACAAAUUCAACAUCGACUGAAAGCUAACUACGCUCCCUUUGGACUAUUAUGAUCUGAAACGUGACCGUUUGCUCGUGAGAGAGAUAUUAAGAUUGGAUUGUGUUCCUCCCACCUCUGCCGCUCCACAGAGUGGGAUCCUCCGCCUCUCUCGCGUUAGCGCCUUUCUGCUGCUGCAGUAUGAACGGACGCGCAGGCGGACCGAUCUAGUACACGCGUAUUUCGGUUAAAAUGUUUGGCUCCGGUUUGGGAUUUUGGAAACGACCUCAAGACGGACACGUGGAAUAACAGAUAAUGUCACUGCUCUGAAAUUCGUACUUUGGGAAGUGCACAGGCAAAAGAGUGUCCUUGUUUAUUAUUGGGUCCAUGAAAUAAAGGGUGAAAAUGACCUAUGGCGGAAGUUGAAGCGCAAACAAAGAGACUCUGAGUAAGCUGGACGGGGCCUGUCCCAUAAUCCCCGCUUGUCGGGUCAAGGGACCAUGGGAGAUGGAGGCGUCAAUGCGGUGGGAGAAGGGGUGAAUCAGUCCCACAUGCUCUUUGACCGCUUCGUUCAGGCCACCACCUGCAAAGGCACUCUCAAGGCUUUUCAAGAGCUUUGUGACUUCCUGGAACUCAAGCCCAAUGAAUACCGUGUGUUCUACCACAAACUCAAGUCCAAGCUCAACUACUGGAAAGCCAAAGCUCUCUGGGCCAAGUUAGACAAGCGCGCCAGCCACAAAGAAUACAAAAAAGGAAGGGCCUGUGCCAACACCAAAUGUCUGAUCAUUGGAGCUGGACCAUGUGGUUUGCGUACAGCCAUAGAGCUGGGCUUCCUUGGAGCCAAGGUGGUUUUGUUGGAGAAGAGAGAUGCAUUCUCCCGAAACAACGUGCUCCAUCUUUGGCCUUUCACCAUUCAGGAUCUGAGGGGUCUUGGAGCCAAGAAGUUCUACGGCAAGUUUUGUGCUGGAGCCAUCGACCAUAUCAGUAUUCGUCAGUUGCAGCUGAUGCUUUUGAAGGUAGCUCUUCUUCUUGGCAUAGAGAUUCAUGUUAACGUGGAGUUCAAAGGCCUCAUUGAACCACCAGAAGACCAAGAGAAUGAGAGAAUUGGGUGGAGAGCCGAGGUCCACCCCAGAACACAUCCAGUCAAUGAGCUAGAGUUCGACGUCAUAAUUGGGGCUGAUGGGAGGAGAAACACGCUGUCAGGGUUCAGGAGGAAGGAGUUUAGGGGCAAAUUAGCUAUUGCUAUCACAGCUAACUUCAUUAACCGCAACACGACUGCAGAAGCAAAGGUGGAGGAGAUCAGUGGAGUAGCAUUCAUCUUCAACCAGAAGUUCUUCCAGGACCUUAGAGAAGCCACAGGAAUUGACCUGGAAAACAUUGUCUACUAUAAGGAUGACACGCACUACUUUGUAAUGACUGCCAAAAAGCAGAGCCUGCUGGAGAAGGGCGUCAUUCUACAUGACUAUGCCGACACUGAAAUGCUGCUCUCCAGGGCUAAUGUUGACCAAAAGGCACUGCUGUCCUAUGCCAGAGAAGCAGCAGAUUUCUCUACCAACCAUCAGCUUCCUAAGCUGGACUUUGCCAUCAACCAUUACGGCCAACCUGAUGUCGCCAUGUUUGACUUCACCUGUAUGUACGCCUCAGAGAACGCUGCGCUUGUCCGUCAGCGCAACGGCCAUAAGCUGCUAGUAGCCCUGGUCGGGGACAGCCUUCUAGAGCCAUUCUGGCCGAUGGGUACUGGAAUAGCAAGAGGCUUCUUGGCAGCCAUGGAUGCAGCGUGGAUGGUGCGGUGUUGGGCUCAUGGAAGCUCUCCUUUGGAGGUUCUGGCUGAGCGGGAAAGUAUCUAUCGACUGCUGCCUCAGACGACACCAGAGAAUGUGAGCAAGAACUUUAGCCAGUACAGUGUGGACCCGACUACACGGUACCCCAACAUCAGCCUUCACCAAGUGAGACCCAACCAGGUACGGCAUCUGUUAGACACCGGAGAAACCAGGGAUUUGCGUGUGGACAUGGAGAAUGUAGUCAACUCUUCGACUCCUAAACUCACAAGAAAUGAAAUUCUGCUUGAGAAGCAGUUGCAAGAGUCCAUCGUGCGCUCCAGUAAGCUGCUGAACUGGUGUCAAAGGCAGACGGAGGGAUACAGAGGUGUCAGCGUGUCUGAUCUCACCAUGUCCUGGAAGAGCGGCUUGGCCCUGUGUGCGCUCAUCCACCGAUACAGACCAGACCUCAUUGAUUUUGACUCACUGGAUGAGAAAGACAUGGAGAAGAACAACCAGUUGGGUUUUGACGUGGCUGAAAAAGAGUUUGGAAUUUCUCCCAUCAUGACCGGGAAGGAGAUGUCUGUUGUGGUGGAGCCUGACAAGCUCUCCAUGGUGAUGUACCUCAGCCAGUUCUACGAGAUGUUCAAGGACACUGUGCCCCCUGGUGAAAACCACAAUCUGAGCCCGGAGGAGAAGGCUGCGUUGAUUGCCAGCACCAAAUCACCCAUCUCCUUCCUGAGUAAACUGGGUCAAAGCAUCGCCAUCUCCCGCAAACGAAACCCCAAGGAUAAAAAAGAAAAAGAACUGGAUGGGCUGGGGAAAAGACGAAAGACCAGCCAGGCUGGACAAUCAGAGGAUGAAGAGCUGCAGAGGGUUAAUCGAGACGACAGGCCUUCUAUAGCUACAGCUCUGGCAGAACGUAAAAUUGAUUCGGCUGCGGCUGCAAACAACAACAACAAAGUGAAGUCGAUGGCCACACAGCUGCUAGCAAAGUUUGAGGAGAACGCCCCGACACAGUCCACAGGACUCAAAAGACAGGGGGACUCCAUGCCUGAUCUGGGGCUCAUAUUGACCCCCUCUCCGGCAGCUCCUCUGAAAGAGUCGGUGCGGCUGGCUCCAGUCCCUGCAUGGAGGAAGAGACGCACUCAGUUACAGGAGCAGAUGAGUUUCCGCUAUAAAGAAAGACUGAAGUGUCAAACUCUCCCCAUCAAACAGGAGCAGGCCAGCAGCGGGACUGAGGUCUUGAGGAGCUGCCCUAAGAAAACCAUUCUCCUUUCUUCUUCCUCACCCUCAUCUUCUUCAUUCUCUUCAUCGUUUCUUCCACACACACAGCAUAAUGUUAACCAGUCAGAGAUAAACAAGUGUAAUGGUGCUGGUGAUGAAGAGAAUGAGAUCCAGGACCCUUCAAUCUAUUACAGGGAAAAUAACCUGCCUUAUAUGGACAAGCCAAAGCCCAUACAUAUCCCUACCAUUCAAGAGAGAACUGACACUCUAGUCGCUAGGUUUAAAGGCAGGUCUGACAGGAAGGACAAACCACAGGUUAUGAAAAAGCCAUCACGGUUCUUUAUUGAGCAGUGGCUUUUGACUCACGGUCCUGAGCAACCCUUCUACCCUUCUGACCCCCAGCAUCAGCACAGGGAGGUUUUGCGUUCUGAUGAUCACGUGCCUUUACACAUCCCCAGCAUUCAGGAGAGAGCCGAGAGGUUAGCCUCUCAGUUUAAAGACAAACCAGCCAAGCCAAAGAAAAAGGCAUCACACUUCUUCACAGAGCAGUGGUACAGAGCACGUGAUGUGAGCUCUGUUAGCCCUCUGCACUCUCCCAGCUCUUUCCGGCAGCGUUAUAUAAAGAUGUACACAGGGGGUGUGAACUCACUGGCUGAACAAAUAGCCAAUCAGCUUCAGGCUAAGGACGACCCCAGGCCCUUGCUUGAGAAAAGGGAUUUGGGUUCCUUGCGGAAGGAGUUUCCUCAGAAUAUCGGAGGCAGCGACGUGUGUUUCUUCUGUCGGAAGCGCGUCUAUGUGAUGGAGCGUCUCAGCGCAGAGGGAAAGUUUUUCCAUCGCAGCUGCUUCAAGUGCGACUACUGCGGCACCACCCUCCGGCUGUCCUCCUACGCCUUCGAUGUUGAGGACGGGAAGUUUUACUGUAAACCGCAUUACUGCUACCGACUUUCUGGUCUGGCACAAAGAAAACGGCCUGCGCCUGCUGCCCCAGCUCCCGUAAACCCCAAGGAGCCCCAGGUGUUGGCGGUAACCCCCAACACAGUGGACGCCCCAGGCCAAGCCAUAACUUCUCAGGCCCCUGUGGAACGCCGGCCCUCAGUGACAGAGGUGAACGGGGUAACAGAGCCCAGUGUGGCCAAACGUCUUAAAGGGACUCCAGAAAGGAUCGAGCUGGAGAACUACCGCCUGUCUAUGAUGAGAGAGGAGGAGCUGCAGGAGGUGCCCGAGGAGACGCUGGCCGAGCACAACCUCAGCAGUGUGCUGGACAAAGCCAGCGGCAUUGAGGAGGGAUCCAGCAGCUCAGAGUCUGAUAUGGAGGAAGAGGAUGAAGAGCCGGAAGCGGCCGGCCCGUCUGAUCUGGGUGGGGUUCCCUGGAAAGAGGCAGUGGAGCUCCAUGCUAAACUAAAGGGAGAAAGCGACCCUGGAGCAGCAGAAGACGACGACGGCCUCCGUGAUGGAGAUGGGGAGAUGGAUGAGGAUGAAGAGGAGGAAGAUGAGGAAGACGAAGAAGAGGAGGAGGAAGAAGAGGAAUCGAGUGACGCGGGAGAGUAUUUCCCCUGGGACAGGGAGCUUCAGUCAGGUCUUUGGUUGGAGAAUCUCGCGCAUGAAGAGGAUACGGGUAUAUUUAAAGCUAGGAACCUGCAAAUCCAGCAAGUCAUACAUCCGGUAGACCCACUAGACAUCCAGAUGGACAACCACUGGACAUCCAAACAAGCUGAGGGGCUGGUUGAGGGCCGCUCGAUGUCACCCUUAGGCUCUCAGCCCUCGCUGAACAACACCCAGCUCACACAGCCCACCUCCUCCACAGCCCCCUCCCACAAAUCCAUGCGUCAUGAGGCUGUCAGAGCCUGGUUGGACUCGAUGUCUGGAGAGCCCUGUGAAGAGGAUGAUGACCCAGAAGCAGAAGCAGGUAGUCCUGACUUUGAGCCGGGCACUGAAAUAGACCAAGAGGACAUUCCCUCAGAUGCAGAGGCUGAAGCUCGUUCACGUUGCUUAGAUGAAGUGGUAACGUUUCCAAUGGAUAGUGGCAAAGCAGAGAGCCAGGGACAUGUUUCUAACACUGAGAAAACAUCUGUAAGUCCAAGGGAAUUGAUUGUGGAUGUUGUACUGUCUCCAAUCCAAAAACCUGCUUUACCCAUUGAAGAGGUAAAAGAAGUCUCUCCUGUAAUUCUAGUUAAAUCUCCUGGUGCACGUUUUUUCCCUGAACCCUAUCUACCUGAUAAUGUCAAACCAAGCGUUUCUCCUGAUAGUAAAAGUCCCCAUUCACCUGUUGCUCAAAUUGUUGCGCUAUCGCCCAUCUGUUCCCAACCUGUUCCACAACCAGAGACAGCGACUCCCAAAUCUCCAGUCCAGCCCGAGCCUUGUGCCUGCUCUCCAGCCGGUAAUCCUUUAUCUCCAAUAUGUACCCAAUCACAGCCCUGCCACGAGCCGCCCUCACCCCUCUCCACAAGCUCCCCUGUCAGGACUCAGCCAGUCCCAGCAGUCACUUCGACGCCUUUGGCUAAACCUGCUUCUGAGAAGAGAACCAUUGAACCUUUAAAAGAUUCAGUUCCUGAGGAAUCCCCCGUCAAGAAAACAGAUCUCAUUGAGGAGUUCUGGUUGAAGAGUGCAGAAAUCAGAAAGAGUUUAGGACUCACGCCACUGGAUCGAAGCAGAAUGGCAGUGGAGAAGAGCACUGCGAAAACUCCAACGCCUGAUUCAUCAUCUCCAAAGUCUUACACCCCAGAGGACUUUCCAGAAGAGCAGAAACCUACUUUUACAGGCCGUUCUAUCAUACGCAGAAUUAACAUUACCUUGGAGGGUCAGGUUAUAAGUCCGGUGGAACCUAAGAGCAAUGGUUCCGAGAAGAAAGACUUGAGCAGCAGUUCAGGGUUAGGUCUUAAUGGAAGCGUGACGACCAGUCAAACAGCAGCCAGUGACAGCUACAACAACUCUGAUUCUACCAUGCUAACCCCUCCUUCCAGUCCCCCACCACCUCCACCUAAUGAGGAGCCAGCUUCGCUCAAAAACAAAAGGCCUCAGGUGUCCUGGGACAACCUCCUUGAAGCCACAGAGGAACCUAAAAUUGAGACUACACCCACUAAACCGAAAACUCCAGUUAGCCCACCUCAACCAAAACCAGUUUGUGCUCCUGUUCCAGACACUAGAACUAACCCACCUGUUGUUAUGAGGGUAAAACAACCGAAUAAACCUCGGCGUGAAGAAGUGAGGAAGUCUUUUGUAGAGUGUGUAGACGAGAUACCAUUUGCUGACGACGUUGAAGACACGUACGAUGACCGCACCCCAGACACAAGUGGUCUGGAGAAAUUUUACACCCCACCAACCAGCAAGGUCAACCGGGAGAAACCGCCUUUGCACUUGGCACUGGCAAUGGAAAAUGGCAAGCCUAACAUACCUGGUGGAGUUUCCCGGACAUCAAAGGGUCCCCAGCAUUUUUCCCCCGAAGCCAAGGAGAUUGCAGAAGAACGAAUACGGGCACGGGAAAAGUCUGUGAAGAGCCAAGCUCUUAAGGACGCCAUGGCCAAGCAGCUUACUAAGAUGAAAGAAUCAGAUGCUGCCAAGGGUGCUGUGGCAAAAGUAGCCUGGAAUGUUCCUGAGACAACAGGGAAAAACAAAAAGCACUCAAACACACCCAAGGACUCAGCAGUGAAGGCUUUGGAGUCCAAAAAGCAGACAGACACACUACCUGACCGUGUCUUCACGACUCCGACCAGUAAGAAUGUGGAUAGUUCUGUCACAUCGUCAGAAAGCUCAACAGGGGGAAAAAGCAAAAAGCGCAGCUCACUGUUUUCCCCACGCAAGAACAAAAAAGAAAAGAAGGCCAAAAGUGAAAGGCUCUCUGGCACAGAAGAGACUCCACCCAAACACAAGUCUCUCUGGAAGGCGGUGUUCUCUGGCUACAAGAAGGACAAAAAGAAGAAAGAUGACAAGUCAUGCCCAAGCACACCUUCAAGCUCUACAACUGCAGACUCGGGGAAGAAGAAAGAAUCAUCACUGGACAGGUCCUCAGAUUUACGUCUGAGAAGAAAUCUCAGCUUUUCUGAGGACUCUGAUCUCUCCUGUGACGAUGUUCUGGAAAGAUCCUCUCAGAAGUCCAAGGGUGAUUCUGUUUAUGUACCUCAUGCAUUGGCGUUCAAGAGAUCGUAUGCCACAAAGAAAACGUACACGGAGGAGGAACUCAAUGCCAAGUUGACAAGAAGAGUACAGAAGGCUGCACGGAGACAGGCCAAGCAAGAGGAGCUCAAGAGACUCCACAGAGCCCAGAUCAUUCAGAGGCAGCUGGAGCAGGUGGAAGAGAAACAGAGGCAGUUAGAGGAACGAGGCGUCGCCGUGGAAAAGGCGUUGCGAGGGGAAGCAGGGUUGUAUAAAGGUUCUAGUGUUAGUCCAAAACAGCGUAAGAGGCGCUCAGACUAUUGGGGAGAGUCUAAUUACAGUGAGGUCCUGGAUUUGCAUCUGGGCGUUGAGCCCUAUGUCGGGACCCCUCGCCGAAGAGCCCUGUACCUCUGCCCCUGCUGUGCCCCUGAAGAGCCGCCUCUCCGUCAGCUAAGAAUGGGUAAAAAGGACGAUCCAAAGCUGAUGCAGGAAUGGUUUAAACUGGUCCAGGAAAAGAAUGCCUUGGUGCGCUAUGAAUCGGAGCUGAUGAUAUUCGCUCGUGAGCUGGAGCUGGAGGACAGACAGAGUCGGCUGCAACAGGAACUGCGAGAGCGCAUGGCAGUGGAUGACCAUCUGAAGACCGAGGAGGAACUUGCGGAGGAGAAACAGAUCCUGAAUGAGAUGUUAGAGGUAGUGGAGCAAAGAGAUUCUCUGGUGGCCCUGCUGGAGGAGCAGAGACUGAGGGAGAAAGAAGAGGAUAAAGACCUGGAGGCGGUGAUGCUCUCUAAGGGUUUCAACCUCAACUGGGCUUAGCAUAACAAUGGCACUUCUGACUGCCGACGAGUGCAGGGAGCGUAUACAAUUGCAGAAUGAAUCGGUCUGUCUCCCCCUUCGAUUUUUUUUUUUUUUUUUUCUGGGCAUGUCAACAGCGUUUACAAAUCCACUCAUGAGCACGAAGAUGAUGUUUACGAGUUCUCCAGGCACGACUCAGGGCGCUUUGUCCCUCGGCAGCCAAGGCAUUGGUUCUGCGCAAGACAUUCUCUCAUUCAGAAUGGGAGAAUGCACCAAUUUACAGAUGUUUUUUUUUGUUUUUAUUUUUUUGUCUUGAAAAAGGGACAUAUCAAUCCUGCUGAUGUUGAGGAAGUCUGACACUAAUGAUCCUACAAAAAGCCAGUCUUGUUUAUGACCGGGACGUCUGGUCAAACAACUGUUACGUUUUCAUUGGCGAGAGACGUUUGGACUUGAUUUCCUAUAAUGCGUUUUCUACCUUGACUACUAAAACUGAAAAGUACAGCUGUUUUCACGCCCUUCGCACUCUUUUACUAUUUAACAUAAGCAUCAGACCUCCGUGCAACAGAUGAAUGAAGUCUUCAGGUGCGGUUCACAGAUAAGCAUGUUAUGGACUUCUGUAAUUGUUACAGACACCCUCGGCGACCGACACGUGUUGUGCUUGUAGCAUCGACUAUUGUACAUUUUUCAAAUCUAUCAGUAGCCACCUGAUAUUAGAGAUAAUCGGUGAACGAUGGGAGUGCAUCUGUCUCGAUGUUGCGUACUUCAUUGAUGUUGGUUUCCAUUUGUCUCGAUCAACAUUUCCACACAUAUAUUCUAAAAUCAGUUUACAAUCAUUUAUAAUACAUGAAUAUCUGAUACUUGUACUGUAGUUUACAUAAAGCAGUGGAGUAUAUAUAUAAAUAUAUAAACUUCCUCAAUGCAGAUAGUUCAUAAGGAGAUAUAUAUAUAUAUAAACACAAACACAAUAUGCAUUGAUAUACAAUCAAAUGCAUUAUGCAUUUUGUUGGUCAGUGGUUUGAAAAAUAGUUAAGACACCCACAGCUCUAUUUAGUAUCGAAUCCCCAAUUUUACAUUUAAUUAUCUACCACCAAGGUUUGGUGCCGUACUUUCCAGGUUUGGAGCUACAUGCCUUUUUUAACUUCUCAUGCAACGGCUCUUUACAUCCACAGAGGUUUCUUAUGUUUGCAGAGCGUGUUAUUUAUAAUUGUUGUUGUAAAGUUUUAUAUCACAUGAAAAGUUUCCAGCUCUGUCGGCCGACACAGUGCUGAUUAACAGCGGGCGCUCGUAGUCAUGCUCAAAACAUCGAUACUGCAAAUGAACAUGCCUUUUUCCUAAGUGUACAUUUCAUUUUAGUCACCGUUAUGCUGUAUAGAUGGACACAGAUUAUUUUUUUUCUUAUUGUUUUACUUGUAAGUACAGAUAACUGUGAAUGAAAGCGUACACAUGGUCAACGAUAGUUAUUUAGACUGUAAAAUGUUUGACAGAUUUUAUGGUAUAUUUAUUAACAUGUGUGAAAAAUGUAUUAUAUGUAAAGUAAAUGAAUCCUAAUUUUUAAAAAUGUUGUUGGCUCUUAAAAAUGCUUCAUGUUGCUAAUUUGCAUAUAGGGUAUUGGAUGUAUGCAGAGGCAAUAAAACAAUGCAGUUGUUACAAAUGAA